UUUUCGCUCUCCGUCGAAUGUAGCAACAAUAAAAGCCAGCGAUCGACAACAACAACAACGACUGGUUAAAAUGUUUGUGUGUGCUUGUGUCUGUGCCUUAGUUAAUUUGAAAUCAAAUGAUUGAUUCGACAACUAAAUAAAUAAAUGGGAGUAUAGCAACAACAAGGCGACGUUACGUCAUGGCAGUCGCUAUUGUUGUUGUGGUGCUGGCAUACUUUCCAUGCUAGUGUGUGUGCGGGAAAACAAUUGUUUUGCGCUUUUCGCCAACGAUAAUUAUUAAAAUAAAACGAAAACGCUGAGAGAGAGAGGGAGAGAGAGAGAAAGAGACAGCAAAGCUUGUCCCCGUUUCACAGCCACUGCGUUCCAAAGAGAGAACGAGAGAGAGAGCAGUGGAACAGCCGGAAUCGGAAUCGAAUAUUAAAUCGUGUGUCUUUCAGUUUACGCUCAUUGUUUGUGGCUGUGUGAAUUUCUCUCUUUCGGAGAGGAGAGAGCACACUUACGCUGAGGCUAUCUCCCUUUUUACUGAGACUUACGGUGGCUUACGUUACGUUUUGCCACACUUACGUUUUGUUGGUUGCCGAGUUAAGUUCACCCGCGGAUGGGUUUCGCUCGAAAAUAUUUCCAAACUGAGUCUCGCGAACCCUUUCAAGCAAUUAAUAAACGAAGAAAUUGUACAAAUAACUAGAAAUACCUUCUUUUGUGUUGUUCAGUUCGUUCCGCGCUAAAAUAAAUACAACUUAGGCUUGAAAACACCUAGAAAUCCACAUAGGAAACCCCCAGCAAAAUAACAACAAAAAGAGUUAAACAACCAAACAAAAGUGAACAAAAAUAAAUAGCACAAGAUAAUAAAUAAAUAAAGCAAACCACGCAUUCAGCACACACACAUAGCCAGCGUUCCUUUACUCAAAAGCAUUCCUAAUCGCAAAAAAUAAUAAUAACACAAAACAAACAACAACAAGCAGCAAAAUAACAUCAACAACAACAGCAGAAAUUAAACAAAUAUAACCACCAUAUAAACAAAUGCAAGAAAUUAAGUUUAUAUCGAAAGUAAAGCCAUGUAUAUAAGUGUUGCUUAGAUAAAUUCGCCUCAAAGUGUCACAAAAAAGUGUCUGAAAAUUACAUCAAGUUUAAACAAAUUUAGGAAAUUUAUGCCCUUAAUAUAGCGCAAUUCCUAAAUCAAUUUAAAAUCUAAAAGAAUAUAGUUAAAACCCAUAAUCGAAAGAAAAAAGAAACAAAAUUACGCCGAAUUAAAAGGUCGCUUGUUGCUAAUCGCCAUUAGUUUAUCCGUGUGCCUGGCCUGUGGCAGUGUGUUGGUGGCCGCGAUUGCCCUGCGCCGCUCAGCCAACGCAACAGCAACAUUAGCAGCAACACUAGCAGCAGCAGCAACAUCAACAACGACGGCAGCAACAUCAACAGCAGCAGCAGCAGCAGCAGCAGCAGGAGCAACAUUGGAAGCGGCAACAACGCGAAGGAUACGGCACAAACGUCGCUCGUCGCAACGACGGCGCAGCAACAACAACGCGGUGCUGUCGUCUGGGAUUGGAACUGGGAUUGGGAUCGGGAUUGGUAUUGGGAUUGGCAACGGGAUCGGGCCUGGACUGGAAACCAAUUCGGCUCUGGCCCUGCCACUAGCAACACCAUCAACAUCGGGCUCCACAGCAGCGGAUCAGACAGCUAUAGCCUCUGCAGCAGCAGCAGCAGCAGCAGCAGCAACAACAGCAACAGUAUCCCCAGCAGCAGCAACAGAAACAACAACACUUUUGCCAACCGAGCCGGAACAUUCUGUACCCAUGCUAUCGGUACAGACGGCCGGCUGCGCGGGAAUGGAGCGGCUCGGCGUUCCGACCCGCACAUCUUUAAGCUCACCACCCGAUGAUAGGGAUCAAUUUAGAUGUAGAAUGCGCGUAGAUGCGCUCCAAGCACGUGAGCUCCUGGCUGUACGUGGCGAGACUGUGAUUCGUGGCGCCGGAAACAAUCAGCAGCAACACCAUCUCCAUCACAGCAGCAUCAGCAGCAGCAACAAGCAACAACAUUCCCACCACCAGCAACAACGCAUGACAACUCCAAGCACGCACAACUCCGGCUGCGGCAGCGGCGGCGCAGGAGGAGGAGGAGCAGGCGGUGACCAUCACCAUCACCAGCUGAGCAGUAGCAGCAACAACAACUAUAGUAUUAGCAGUAAUGUGGCGCGAGGCGGCAUAGAGGCCACCACCCUCAAGUACGGCAACACGGGCAGCGGGAGCGGUUGCUACAAGGGCGAUUGCGGCAACUCCUCAUCCGGAUCGUCGUGCAGUUCGCUCCAGAGCCAUAGCAACGACCACCACCAACAUUACCAGUACCAGCUGCAGCAGCAGCAGACGCCCCGCUGUCCCCAUCACGUACCACUGCCGGACAGCGAGUACGGACAGGAUCGCCACCUGCAGAUCAGGAGCAGCUAUCAGCAAUCGGAGAUCACCAGAUCGUACACGAAACCGCCGCCCAACAAGACGGUGCGGGAUGUGCCCGAGCAGAUCUCGGCGGGCGGCUGCGGCGUCUCCAGUUCCAGCUACCGUCUCACCACGCUCCAGGCCGCCUCCUCCACAUACACGCCCAGCGGCGUGUCAGUGUCCGCCUCCUCAUCGUCCAGCAAGUCCAAGCCGAAUGCCAUAACCAAGUUCUUCUCGCGGAUCAGUUCGCCCAAGUCGCCGCCGAGCUGUACGAUGUCCUCGAUGGCCACUGCUUCCCCUCCAUCCUCUGUCUCCAUGUCGUCGUCUGCCUCCUCGUUAGCCUCCUCCGCCUGUGUGUCCACCUCGUCGUCGGCCUCCUCGCUGGCUGCCGUACCGCUGCCCACUCUGCCGGUGUCCAAUGCAUCGCUGCUGAAGAGCACGGCCUGUGGCUAUGGGACGAAUCCCAGUGGGACGCAUAUCUACGCGGGAUUGGGACCGAGCACGCAACUGCUGACCAGCCUGGGUACCGGAACGAGCGGCAAUUGCAGCCCCGAAAGGAUACCCACACCGCCGCUGUCCGUCUCCGUGCCCAUUGGAGCUGGUCUGCAGCCACUGAGGAGCAGCAGCAGCAGCGGGAGUAGCAGCAGCACCGCCAGCCUACCCGCCGUCGAGACAAGCACAACAACAGCCACCACUCAGUCUUCCUUUGCCACCGGAGCGACGGGGGAUCUCCCGCUGACCACGAUGAGCCGCAAUAAUUCCAACUCUAGCAUGAUGAGCUGCCACUGCAGCUGCAAUAGCCGGAAUUGCAGCCACUGUGCGGCCAACUCAUAACUGAGCUCGUGUUAAGUUUAACUACAUUAAAAUAUCGGCGGUGGUGCAGAAACCUCUGGAGAUUGAAGAGCAUUAGUUAGGUUUAAAGAGUCCACUAGAUGAUUUGCUCUGCACAAGAAUCUUAAAGGUGUUUUAUCGCAAUAUUUAAACAUACCAUUGGUCUUGUUGCUUGUGAUAAAAUAUUUUAAUAGGUUCUUGUGAGGAAAAACAAGGAUUUUUCAACUAGUGAUGUCAUAUCUCCAGAGUUUUGUGCAGCACCUCCAAUAAAUAUAUAUAUCUACGUAUAUAUACGCAUAUAUUUUUUUUAUGUUAGCCUAUGUUUAUCUAUUAUGUUAAAGUUUAACAGAUUUAUUUUAUGUAGGUCUGUCGCCAACUUUUGCGCUGGUACGAAAAGACUGUUUAUUAGUCAGAAUUUAAUUUGUAAAUUUGAGUAACAAGAGAGAAGGAAAGCUAGAGAAUGAUAAAUCGUGAAGACAUAUAGCUGCGCUGCCGCCUUUAAAGCACUCACCACAGACCAUAGAAGGUUUUUUUUAGUUCUGUAACAUGAUUUCCAUUCGUCGCUUGCUAAACGUAAGGAAACGAAAAUCUUUUGUAUAAAACGAAGAAAGCAACAAACUUGAAAGAGACAGACACAAUACCAUUAAACUUGAAGAAGGGAAAGAGGAAAGUAAAUAACAAAAUAUAAGUGAAUAUGUAAUUGUAAUUUUAUGAAUGAAUAUUGUAUACACUUUAGUUUGAAUAACUCUAGUUUUAAAUCGAAGCCAACCAACUCUUAACUAUACUCUAUCCCAACCCCUAUCCAUAUCCCAUAUCCCCUAUUAUUAUUAUUAUUAUACGCUUGUCCCAUGUGCUGGAACACACGAAAAACACACAAACAAUUUUUAGUUCAAUUGAAAUUCGUAUUUGUAUAUUUGCUAACGGAAUUACAAUGUAAAAAAAAAAACAAAAAAUGAAAUGAAAUCUAUGUAAACCAAUUUGUAGAGAAA